AUUUGCUGAUGUUGUUUGAGUCUUCCACCAAAUGCCAGAGUGCCAUAUAUCCACUGAUGUUAGAUAAACCAGAAGAACUUACUUCCAUAUGCAUAGAAAUGAGCAAGCAAAUGUCUUUUGUGGACACAUGUUGUCUCUAUGCAGAAGAGCAGCAGACAAAGGCGGGAAAGGCCGCGAAGUCGAGUAAGGAAUGAAUGGAUCGAAGCGGGAAGACGAGUUCUCUAUUUUAACCCCAUUCCCCUUUUUAUAUUACUGUCUUGGGUCGCCUCCUCCUCGUCGCCGUCACCACCCUCCCUCUCCUCUCUCUUCUGAUCCCCCCUCCGUGCCACCGGCGAUCCCAAUCUUGCGAGGGGAAGGUGGGAAGGAGGAGGAGAAGAAUAAGAAGAAGAAGAAGAAGAAGAAGAAGAAGAAGAAGAAGAAGAAGAAGCACCUGAGGAUCCGACACAUGGGCAUCCAGAAUCUCCUCAGAUUCCUGAAGCCAUUCAUACGUCCCGUCCACAUCAGGAAAUACGCCGGGAAAAGGGUGGGCAUCGAUGCCUAUUCGUGGCUCCACAAGGGAGCUUAUUCUUGCAGUAUGGAGCUCUGCCUCGACAUGCCGGGUGAAGCUGCGAGGCGUUAUCUCAACUACUUUAUGCAUCAUAUCAAUCUCCUCCGGCAUUACAAGAUCAUGCCUGUCGUCGUCUUUGACGGUGGCAGCAUCCCUUGUAAGUCCGCCACGGAUCAUGAGCGCCACAGGCGAAGAGAAGCUAAUUUUGAGUUGGCAAAAGAGAAGCUCAAGCAAGGAAACACUGCAGGUGCCAUUGAACUUUUCCAGAAAGCAGUACAUGUCACACCUUUGAUGGCUCAUAAGCUGAUUCAGAUCUUAAGAUCAGAAGAUGUGGAAUUCAUAGUUGCUCCCUAUGAGGCCGAUGCUCAAUUAGCAUACUUAUCUUCCCUCAAACCUGAUCAAGGAGGCAUUGCAGGUGUAAUAACAGAAGACAGCGACCUCAUUGCAUACGGUUGCCAGGCUAUCAUAUUUAAGAUGGACCGCUAUGGUAAUGGUGAGGAAAUUCUUAUGGACAAAGUCUUCAAGAGUGCUUCUGAUGGACUUUCCUUCAAGGAUUUUGAUAAAGAAUUGCUCACAGGUAUGUGUGUCCUGGCUGGAUGCGACUUCCUUCCUUCCAUUCCAGGAAUUGGGAUUAAGAGAGCUUAUUCUUUUGUCUCCAAGUACAAGAACUUAGAUCGUGUUCUGUCAGUUUUGAGACUUGACAAGCGAUAUAAAAUGCCAGAAGAUUACUGCGAGUCUUUUAGGAAAGCAGUUGCAGUCUUUCACCAUGCUCGAGUAUAUGAUAUGGCUACACGAGCAUUAAAACAUUUGAAGCCUUUAGAAGAGAAGCAUCUGGAGUUUCUAAAUGGUGAUCUGGAUCUUCUUGGACCUGAGCUCCCGCAAUCAGUAGCUGCUGCUGUCGCCGAAGGCAAAUUGAACCCCAUUACCAUGCAACAUUUUGACUAUCUCCCUAACGCUGAAAUGUGCUCGGAGUCUGUCAGCGUCAGAUCCUACUAUCGUACAUCUGGUGAUGAAUUGAGAAUCUCAUUCACAGAGGGGAGUUGCAUUACAAUGUGUUCAUCUGAGCAAGACCAUGAAGAACAUAUAGAAGAUAAGCUUAUUGUUGCAAGAGAGACAGCUCUGGAUCAGAAGUACAUUAAAGAAGCUUUUGCGCUGGGUAUGUUGGUUGCACCAGCAGAGUGUCAUCAAGUAAUGGAGCUUGAAGUAGAUAAGGCAUCAGUACCUGAUAACAAUCCAUUCAAGAAGAGAAAACUAGAAAAGAGUAGUUCUCAAAAGGAUGACCAGAGGGCGGCACUGGCUGUGGUGACACAAGAUGAAAACUCUCUUGGUACGGUGUGUUCUUCGCCGCAGUCACAGGAAAGUGUGGAGUCCAAGCCGAAUAAGUCAACGUCCAUCGGAAAAGAUAAGACUCGGAGAGGGAGGCCUAAAAUGAAGAACGAGAAUAAGAGCGCAGGGAUUAAGAAAAACGUAUUUGCAGAAGGCAGUAUCCAGUAAGGAGGAAACGAUGAAGCGGCAAACCAAAGAGAGAUGGGAGCGAAUUCACAUAGCUCUGGUUCGCGGCCACCAGCUUGAACGCCACCACCACCACCGUCAUGUAACCCGGUUCCAUCUUCACUAUGUUCUUCCACGUCUUCUCUUGGUCCGCCACCGGCAGCUCCCUCCCCACAGCGUGCGCCCCCACGGUGCAUCUCGACGCGUCCCCCUUUGCAGUAGUCAUGCAGCUGCUGAAGGCCGCCAGGUCCACCAGCUCCACCACCUUGUUCGCCUGAAACGUCGCCAGGUGCGGGUGCAGCGGGUAGUCGUCGCCCGUCAUGUUGAUGACGUUCCACAGCUCCGUGCUGCCGGAUCGCGGUGUCUCCAGGUCCUCAGAACCUCCUAACGAUAAUUACAUAUUCUGUAAUUAAUUAUGAUUAUUAUCUCAAUCUUUUUUAUAUAUUAAGAUUCU